UUUAGGACAACAAUGGAGGACGAUGACAACAGUUCAGCAGAUCUUGCCUCCAUAAUGGGAUUCGAGGGUUUCGGUAAAAAGGGUCCACGAAAGUUUGACGUGGAGGCUAUGUUUGAGAAAACUCGUAGAACGGCAAGAGAGCUGAUGGCGUCGAAUGUUGGUUCACAUCAAAGUGCGGAUACCGGCAGUAAUAUUGAAUCCAAAGAUUCUCCAUCUCAGAUGAACGAAGAUGAAGAACAAGAACGGUCACAAGAUGAAAUCAUGGCAUCAAGACUAAAUAGUAUUGAUUCCAUAAACAACGAAGAUGUCAUCGGCAGUGACGACAAUGUCAACAGUGAAGAUGACAUGGGAGAAGACCUAGAUAGUGACAAUGCAGAUCAACAGUUUCCCAUCACUCACGAGGUGACUCUAGAACACGGGUCAAGAGUUGUGUCUGCUUUAGCACUCGAUCCUGCAGGAGCUCGACUUGUUACCGGCAGUUAUGACUUUGAGGUGCGAUUUUGGGAUUUUGCUGCUAUGGAUGCUGGAAUGAGGUCAUUCAGAACGAUUAUGCCUCAUGAAGGACAUCAAGUUCGAUCUCUUCAGUACAGCAUUACUGGUGAUAUGAUCUUGGUAGCGACUGGAAAUGCAAAGGCUAAGGUGUUUGAUCGUGAUGGGUUUGAGCUACUAGAGUGUAUAAAAGGUGAUCAGUAUCUAUCCGAUAUGGCAAUGACGAAGGGUCAUGUGGCCAUGUUGUAUGGUGCUGUGUGGCAUCCUAAAGUCAGGGAGAAAUUUCUAACUUGCUCAGAAGACGGGACUCUCAGAAUCUGGUCAGUCGAUGAUUCCACCAGACAGAAGCAAGUGAUUAAGGCCAGGACAAAGCAAGGUCGCCGUAUUCCAGUCAAUACCUGCUGCUAUACAAGAGACGGACAGUACUUUGCAGGAGCUUGUCAGGAUGGAAGUAUUCACAUUUGGAAGGACAAUGGGCCUUAUAUUAGACCAAGCAUGUCGCAACCUGCUGCACAUAGCAAUGGCAGUGAGACGACAUGUCUGAUGUUCACCCAUGAUUGUCAGACACUUGUAUCACGUGGAGGGGAUGACACAAUGAAGCUGUGGGAUAUUAGAAAAUUUAAGACGCCGUUGAACGUAGCACAAGACCUACUUAACAUAUAUCCCACGACUAGUUGCUCGUUUAGUCCAGAUGAGAAAAUGAUUAUUACAGGAACAUCUGCGAAGAAAGGAGAGGGUGGCAGUGCACUUGCUUUCUUUGAACGUGACACAUUUGACAAAGUCAUGGAAAUUGGUGUCGACGACGCAAGUGCUAUUUGCUCACUCUGGCAUCCAAGGAUCAAUCAGAUUAUCUUGUCGUGCAGUAAUGGAAAAGUGAAGGUGAUGUACAAUCCAAAGUACAGUGCAAGAGGUGCAAAGUUGAGUUUGGCCAAUGUUCGGCGGUCGAGUCCUCUAGAUGUCGUCCAUGUAAAUAAGGAUAUUAUCACACCAUACUCACUGCCGCUGUAUCGUAUACCUCGUGCAUUACCGACCAAACGAAAACUGGAGAUUGACAGAAGUGAUCCAGUGAAAUCGAGAAAACCAGAUCCCCCGCUAGAACGAGGCAAGCAGGGUCGCACCAGUGGUGGUGGUAAGAGUCUUGCAGCAUACAUGGUGAAACAAAUGGCAGUGAAACGACGAAUCGACAAGGAGGAUCCUCGUGAGGCUCUUCUGAAACAUGCAGAGGCAGCUGCAGCUGAUCCGUUCUGGUUUGGUCCAGCAUAUGCAAAAACUCAACCUCAUAUUCUCUAUCGUGAUCCUGAAGCAGAAGACUUUGAUCCCACAAAAUCUAAGGCUCGUUUGUUGAAGGAUUCCGAAGCGAGGGGACACGAUCCUCUCAAGCCAAUGUGAAUGUGAUUGACUGUGCUUCUUGCUCAACUGUCACAUGGUGGUUCAUGAAGGCUUUUAUUAGCUUACUGUAUCCACAGUUAUUUGUACAUGUAGUUACUGGUGAUGAUGAUUUCGAGAGCUAGGUAUUAGGUGUAGAUAUACUAACGUCAAAUAAACAUAAUUGUUUGAUGAUACCAUGCAAUGAAUUUCUCUCUAAAUAAAUCUGUUCUUUAUUUAUCGGCA